AUAAUAAAUCACAAGCCUCAACUUGCCUGGGACAUUUACGCGAGAUCGACCGACCCGAAAGGAGUCUUUCAACAUCCUCCGUAUCAUCGCGAUGGACUGCUAUUCAACGAUAUGUUGAUUCAGAUGGGUGAGUUCUACUAUGCGGCCAAAGCUUUUGACGGGCUCGAAAAGAUCGACCCUCUCCGGAAAACUGGCAAGGAAAACGAGGUGCCACCAGCGGUUUAUUCAAGAUGUUGGUCCAAGGAAAAGCAACAAAGUGGCGAGCAAAUGUCAGAGGUUCUGCAGCUGCUCGACCGUGGAAAUCAUCCUCAAGCAGAUUUUGUGUCAUCAACGAUACGGAGAUGGGCGAAAAACCAUGAAAUCACACUGGAAUGA